UUAUGGGGGUUUUCCUCUUUCCUCCCAGCCAAUAAGAGCACCCAGAGGCACAUCUUCCCCUGCAGGAAGCAGGGCUGUCACUCCUCUUGCAGGCAGGGUCCUCAUCUGAAGUGGUGGAGAUGGCAGUGAACUUCACCCGCAGCUUCACCGCACUUUGCUGUGUAGCGCUCUGGAGCUUCAGCACAGCUUCAGGAGCUACCUAUGUCCUACCACCUCAUUCAACCACAAAACCUGGUUUCCCUGUCCCCAUGAACACUGACAACCCUGGUGUCCGCAAGGCAGCUCGCUUUGGAGUCUACAGAUACAACAACAGUUCCAAUGACCUCUUUCUGUUUAAGGAAUCACAAAUAAACAAAGCCAUGGUUCAGAUCGUCAGAGGGCUGAAAUAUAUGCUGUCUGUGGAGAUUGAACGCACCGUGUGUGAGAAGAGGGAGCAUUCCAGCCUGGAUAGCUGUCACUUCCAGAAGGAAAAAAACCUGCAACAGAGGCAAAUGUAAGCAUACGAACUUGGAAGAAAAGGAUGCCAAGAGAAGACCGGGCCAAGGAAAUGACCCUGUAACAGGUCUUCCUAAAGUGUCUAUUCCUUCACUUUCUUUCACUGCAAUGGUACCUCACUGAAAAACGUGAUUUCACAUUUUCAGUUUUUCAAAUCUUAGAGGGGGGAAAAAAAGUUCAGUUACACCAGUCCAGGGAACACACUGAACAGUUUUCAGAUGUUGUCAGAUAUUGCUACCAAGGACUGAUAUUUUCAAGCUAUAACUGAAGACACAUAUAAAUUCAUGUGCCCAUGUUAACUCUACUCACUCAAGCUGCUUUCUUAUGGAGAUGUAUUUUUUCUCUCUGUAGUGAAGGCUUCAACCUAUUAAAAAACCCUGUUCUUG